AUGGGUAGAGGACCAAAGAAGCACCAGAAGCGCCUUAGCGCCCCCAGCCACUGGCUCCUGGACAAGCUGUCCGGUGUCUAUGCCCCUCGCCCAUCCGCUGGUCCUCACAAGCUCCGCGACUGCAUGCCCUUGAUUGUCUUCGUCCGCAACAGACUCAAGUAUGCGCUCAACUUCCGCGAGACCCGCGCCAUCCUCAUGCAGCGCCUGGUCAAGGUUGACGGCAAGGUCCGCACCGACAUGACCUACCCCGCCGGCUUCAUGGACGUCAUCAGCAUCGAGAAGACUGGCGAGAACUUCCGUCUCGUCUACGACACCAAGGGUCGCUUCACCGUCCACCGCAUCGGUGACGAGGAGUCCAAGUACAAGCUCGGCAAGGUCAAGCGUGUUCAGCUUGGCCGUGGUGGUGUCCCAUUCUUGGUUACGCAUGAUGCGAGAACCAUCCGCUACCCCGACCCCUUGAUCAAGGUCAACGACACCGUCAAGAUCAACCUUGAGACUGGCAAGAUCGAGGACUUUAUCAAGUUCGACACUGGUGCCAUCGCCAUGGUUACCGGCGGUCGCAACAUGGGUCGUGUUGGUGUCAUCACCCACCGCGAACGUCACGAUGGUGGUUUCAACAUUGUCCACCUCAAGGAUGCUAUUGACAACUCGUUCGCCACCCGUGAGACCAACGUUUUCGUCAUUGGCCAGGACAAGCCCUGGAUCUCCCUGCCCAAGGGCAAGGGUGUCAAGCUCACCAUUGCUGAGGAGCGUGACCGCAAGCGCGCCCUUGGCAACUAAAUUCACUGAGAAGUGGGUUUGGUGCUUGAUGAAUCAACGGGAAAACGGGCAGCAGGAAUUGGGAUCAAAAAGGAUGGCGUUAGCGGAUGUCACUUUAGGUUAGGCUCAUGACAGCACAUUGAGCCUCCUGGCUUAACUAGAUA